CGGGUUUCUGGGCGUGGAGCUCCGUGUGAAGAUGAAGGUAGAAGGUGUGUGUGAGCUGAUGUGAAUCCAGCAGCAUGGAUCAGUGUGAGGACAGAGAGGAGGGAGUCCUUCCCUCCAAAACCUCCCUGAGGGGAAAAAAAAGAGUUGGAGAGAGUCGGAGAGAAGAAAAGAGGAGACGACGUGGACCUGAACCUGGACCUGAACCUGAACCUGGACCUGGACCUGAACCUGAACCUGAACCCAGCUGUGUGUCCUUGAAGAGUGACAGAUCAAAGGAUGUCAUUAUUUUUUUUAAAGAUACCCAACGUUCUCCCUCAGUGAGGAAACAAUCUGGACCUGGACAUGGACCUGGACCUGGACCUGGACCUGGAUCUGGAACUGGACCUGGUCCCACCUGUGUGUCCUUGAAGAGUGAUGCAUCAAAGGAGUUUUUCAUCGGUUUUAAAGAUGCUCCUGGUUUUCCUUCAGAGAGAUUGGACCAGCAGAUCUCAGAGUCCCCCAGUGGUCCGUCUGUCCAGCAGCAUCAGACCCAGCUGGACUCCGUCUUUCAGAUGCUGGAGGACGACAUCAUCGUGUUUGUAAAGGACGAGCUGAAGAAGAUCCAGAAGGUUCUGAGUCCAGAUUACCCAGAAUCCUCAGAGAGUCAGGAGGAGGAUGAAGAUGAAGAGCAGAAGAGCAUCAGAGAGACAUUCAUGAAGAUCACAGUGAAGUUCUUGAGAAGGAGGAAGCAGGAGAGGCUGGCUGACCUCCUGCAGAGCAAUACCGUCGAUGCAGUUUGUCAAUCCAAACUCAAAGUUCAGCUGCAGAAGAAGCACCAGCAUGUGUCUGAGGGGAUCACUAAAGCAGGAAAGACAACCCUUCUGGAGCAGAUCUACACGGAGCUCUACAUCACAGAGGGAGGGACCGGAGAGGUCAACGAUGAACAUGAAGUCAGACAGAUUGAAGCAGCUUCCAGGAAACCAGACGGAGCAGAAACAGCCAUCAGACAGGAAGACAUCUUUAAACCCCCACCUGGAAGAGAUGAACCAAUCAGAACGGUGAUGACGAAGGGAGUGGCUGGCAUCGGGAAAACCGUCCUAACACAGAAGUUCAGUCUGGACUGGGCUGAAGGCAGAACCAACCAGGACAUCCAGUUCAUGUUUCCAUUCACCUUCAGAGAGCUGAAUGUGCUGAGAGAGGAGAAGUUCAGCUUGGUGGAACUAGUUCAUGGAUUCUUCUCUGAAACCAGAGGAAUCUGCAGCUUUGAAGAGUUCCAGGUCGUGUUCAUCUUUGACGGUCUGGAUGAGUGUCGACUUCCUCUGGACUUCCACAACUCUACAAUCGUCAGUGACCCCAGAAGGUCCACCUCAGUGGAUGUGCUGCUGACAAACCUCAUCAGGGGGAACCUGCUUCCUUCUGCUCGUCUCUGGAUCACCACACGACCCGCAGCAGCCAAUCAGAUCCCUCCUUACUGUGUUGACAUGGUGACAGAAGUCAGAGGGUUCACUGACCCACAGAAGGAGGAAUACUUCAGGAAGAGGUUCAGAGAAGAGAGGCAGACCAGCAGGAUCAUCUCCCACAUCAAGAAAUCACGGAGCCUCCACAUCAUGUGCCACAUCCCAGUCUUCUGCUGGAUCACUGCUACGGUCCUGGAGAACGUCCUGGAGAACGUCCUGGAAACCAGAGAGGGAGGGGAGCUGCCCAAGACCCUGACUGAGAUGUACAUCCACUUCCUGGUGGUCCAGGCCAAACUGAAGAAGGUCAAGUACGACGGAGGAACUGAGACGGAUCCACACUGGAGUCCAGAGAGCAGGAAGAUGGUGGAGUCUCUGGGAAAACUGGCUUUUGAGCAGCUGCAGAAAGGAAACCUGAUCUUCUAUGAACCAGACCUGAGAGAGUGUGGCAUCGAUGUCAGAGAGGCUGCCGUGUACUCAGGAGUGUUCACCCAGAUCUUUAGAGAGGAGAGCAGCCUGUACCAGGACCAGGUCUUCUGCUUCAUCCAUCUGAGUGUCCAGGAGUUUCUGGCUGCUCUUCAUGUCCAGCAGACCUUCAUCAAGUCUGGAGUCAACCUGCUGGGAGAUCAACGAACAACUCACCGUUCUUCAACCGGUUUCUAUCCGACAGCUGUGGACUGGACCUUACAGAGUCCAAACGGACAUCAGACCUUCAUCAACUCUGGAGUCAACCUGCUGGGAGAUCAACAAACAAAUCACCGUUCUUCAACCGGUUUCUAUCCGACAGCUGUGGACUGGACCUUACAGAGUCCAAACGGACAUCUGGACUUCAUCAACUCUGGAGUCAACCUGCUGGGAGAUCAACGAACAACUCACCGUUCUUCAACCGGUUUCUAUCCGACAGCUGUGGACAAGACCUUACAGAGUCCCAACGGACACCUGGACUUGUUCCUGCGCUUCCUCCUGGGUCUUUCAGUGGAGACCAAUCAGAACCUCCUACGAGGUCUGAUGACAUCAAACCAAAGAAGUUCACAGAACAAUCAGGAAACUAUCAAAUACAUCAAGGAGAGAAUCAGUGGGGAUCUGUCUGCAGAGAGAAGCAUCAACCUGUUCCACUGUCUGAAUGAACUGAACGAUCGGUCUCUGGUGGAGGAGGUCCAAGAGUCCCUGAGGUCUGGACGUCUCUCCACAGAUAAACUGUCUCCUGCUCAGUGGUCGGCUCUGGUCUUCAUCUUACUGUCAUCAGGAGAUCUGGAGGUGUUUGACCUGAAGAAGUUCUCAGCUUCAGAGGAGGCUCUACGGAGGCUGCUGCCGGUGGUCAAAGCCUCCAAGAAAGUUCUACUGAGUGGCUGUCACCUCUCAGAGGACAUCUGUCCACUUCUGUCCUCAGUUCUCAGCUCUCAGUCCUCCAGUCUGACAGAACUGGACCUGAGCAACAACGACCUGCAGGAUUCUGGACUGAAGACGCUGUGUCCUGGACUGGAGAGUCCACACUGUAAACUGGAGUCUCUCAGGCUGUCAGGCUGUCUGAUCUCAGAGGAAGGAAGUUCUUCUCUGGUCUCAGCUCUGACCUCCAACCCCUCCCACCUGAGAGAGCUGGACCUGAGCUACAACCAUCCAGGAAAGUCAGCAGGGAAGCUUCUGUCUAGACUGGAGGAUCCCCGCUGGAGGCUGGACACUCUCAGGGUGGAGCCUGCUGGACAACGAUUUCUGAGACCAGGUCCGAGGAAGUAUUCCUGUCAACUCACCGUCGACACAAACACAGUCUACAACAAGAUCAAACUGUCUGAUGACAACAGGAAGAUGGUGGAUGUGGAGGAGGAUCAGUCAUAUCCUGAUCAUCCAGACAGGUUUGAUUACUAUCAUCAGCUGCUGUGUAGAGAAGUUCUGACGGGUCACUGUUACUGGGAGGUCCAGUGGAGCGGACUAGUUUCUGUAUCAGUGAGUUACAGAAGAAUCAGCAGGAAAGGAAACUCUGAUGACUGUGAGUUUGGAAGAAACGAUCAUUCCUGGAGUCUGAACUGUUAUCCAGGUGAUCAGUACCGUGUCUGGCACAAUAACAGAGAAACAUCCACCUCCUCAUCUCCAUCUUCAGACUCUGGCAGAGUAGCAGUGUACGUGGACGUUCCUGCUGGAACUCUGUCCUUCUAUGAAGUCGUCUCUGACAGACUGAUCCUCCUCCACACCUUCAACACCAGCUUCUUUGGACCUCUCUGUGCUGGAUUUGGAUUCUGGUCCUUGCUUAGUUCAGUGUCUCUGUGUCCAGUUUAGUCUCCAGAGUCUCCUGUCAGAGAAACUGUCUCUGUUGGAUCUUGGACUUGGACUCUGGUUCUGGUUCCUCAGUGUCUCCAUGAUGAUGAUGAUGAUGAUGAUGAUGAUGAUGAUGAUGAAGAAGGAGAUGAUCACCAUUUAUCUUAAAUGUUUUGGUUUAUUGUAUUUUUAUUUGAUCUUUUUCACAUUUAAACAUUAAAUAAUUUACUGGAUGUUGAUGUUUGAUCAUAAA